AUGUCUCGAUCUCAAAACACCACUCUCUUCACCAACGGUCGGUUCUUCAACAGCGCGACAGCGCAAUCCGAAGCACCAUUCCAUACUACGUUAGCCGUUCAAGAUGGCAAGAUCAGCUUCAUCGGAGGCCCCGAGGACUCCGAAGUCCAAGAACUCUGCAAUGCUGGUGCGAGAGUGAGCGAUCUUGGCGGUAAACAUGUACUUCCUGGAUUUAUCGAUUCUCACAUGCAUUUCCUCAUGCUUGGACAAUCAUUGCACAAAGUGGACCUGGACCACGCGAAGGAUCUAGAGGAGAUUCGUGCCCGCAUCUUGAAGUACGCAAAAGCGAAUCCUGAUAAACCGCGCAUAAUGUGCAAAGGCUGGAUGCACUCAAUGACCAAUGGGGAGGCCAAAGCGAGCAUGUUAGACGACCUAGAUCCCAGACCGAUCUACAUAGACUCCAAAGAUAUCCAUUCUUGCUGGUGCAAUAGCGCGGCGUUGAAAGAGAUGGGGGUUCAAGAAAUGGAGACUCCAGCUGGUGGAACGAUUGAAAGAGAUUCGGAUGGCAACGCGUCGGGGCUUCUUAGCGAAGCUUGCGUAUUACUUAUCGUUUGGCCGUGGCUUGCAAAGGUUACACCACUCGAUGAGAAGAUGGCGGCCUUGAGGACUGCAAUCAAGGCGUAUCAUGCUGUUGGCUGCACAGGAUGCAUCGACAUGGCGAUGGAUGAGAGUGCAUGGGAAGCUAUACUUUCCCUGCGAUCUACCGAAGGACUACCAAUGCGGGUGGCUGCGCACUGGUGCAUUAUGCCUGGCGAUGGCGAAGAACAUCGCCUGCGACAAGUUGAGCGAGCUAUCCAGCUGAGCCAGGAGUUCAACAAGAACACUAGCCCUGAUUUAAGGGUCGUUGGCAUCAAGGUCAUCUGUGACGGAGUGAUCGAUGCUUGUACUGCAGCGCUGGCAGAACCCUAUACCUCAAACGGCCAUUUUGAGGGUCCGAUCUGGACACCGGAGAUGCUCGAUCCUGUCGUCAAGAAGGCAAUCGAAGGCGGACUUCAAUGCGCAUUGCACGCAAUAGGUGAUCAGGCUGUUCACAAUGCUGUCAAUGUGCUGGAAAGAUAUGGAAAACAAGACCAGAGGCACCGUAUCGAGCAUCUCGAACUUACCGCACCGGAAGACGCGAAGCGACUUGGUCAGCUCGGCAUAACAGCAAGUAUCCAACCAGUUCACUCAGACCCUGCUAUCCUCCGUGCGUGGCCGAAACUUCUUGGUCCAGAACGCGUGAAGCGAGCCUUUGCGUACUCUGACUUCUCAGAUCACGGCGCGACACUGGCUAUCGGCUCUGACACACCUACCGCACCCUACGCACCGCUGCCGAAUUUGUACGUCGCUACCACGCGAAAGUCGGCGAGACAGCCGGAUGCUGGAGACGCGCCCGUCAAUGAGAACUUCCGCCUUGAGUUGACACAAGCAGUGACUGCUGUUACCCAGGGCGCGGCAUAUUCCUCAUUUGCAGACGACCGUGUAGGUAGUUUGGAGGUCGGCAAGAUGGCAGACUUCUGCGUGGUAGACAUGGAGUGGAAGGGGGAAGAGUUGCUCAAAGCCAAGGUCUUGGAAACAUGGUAUGAGGGAAAGCAGGUGUACAAAGCUUAA